GAGAGCGACGGGUCAGAGGAAAAUGGCGGACGGUGUGGAUCACAUCGAUAUCUAUGCCGACGUAGAGGAGGAAUUCAACCAGGAAGCUGACUAUCCAGUUCACGAGCAGAUCGACCUGUAUGAUGAUGUAAUAUCUCCAUCAGCCAAUAAUGGCGAUGCUCCAGAGGACCGUGACUACCUGGAUGCGCUGCCUGCCCCAGGUGGAACUGAGGGAGGAAAAAGUGCCCCACCAAACGUUGUGUACACCUACACAGGCAAAAGGAUUGCCCUGUACAUAGGAAAUCUUACAUGGUGGACAACAGAUGAGGACUUGACAGAAGCCAUCCGGUCGAUAGGCAUUACAGAUGUUCUGGAGAUCAAGUUCUUUGAAAACCGAGCCAAUGGCCAGUCGAAAGGGUUUGCUCUGGUGUGUGUUGGCUCAGAGGCAUCAUCUAGAAAGUUAAUGGAGCUUCUGUCAAAAAGGGAGCUCCAUGGUCAGAAUCCCAUCGUCACACCCUGCAACAAACAGUCCCUCAGCCAAUUCGAGAUGCAGUCCCGCAAAAGUACGUCUGGUACCCAGUCAGGCCAGAUGUCAGGGGAAGGUAAAGCUGGUCCUCCUGGCUCUGGCCCUCGUGGUGGUUUCCCCAUGGGCGGCCGAGGAAGGGGCAGGUUCCCUGGACCACCUGGCCCUGGAGGGGACCGCUUCCCUGGUCCUGUCGGGCCUGGAGGCCCACCACCACAUUUUCCUGGCUCGGGGAUGAGACCAGAUCUGGUUAGGCACCAAGAUGGCCCUCUGAUGGAUAUGAAUUUCAAUCCCUUCCCGCCGGGGGGCAGGAACGGGAGCUGGCGCGACAGAGGUGGCAUGCAGGGUCCUCCACGUCCCCCUCCCGGUCCACCUGGUCCUCCAGGUCCUCCAGGUCCUCCACCUCCUGGCCAAGGCCUCCCCCCUCCCCUAGCUGGUCCUCCAAAUCGUGGCGACAGGCCUCCUCCCCCUGUUCUCUUCCCCAGUCAGUUUGGCCAGCCACCAAUGGGACCCCUGCCCCCAGGCCCCCCUCCUCCAGGUUACGGCCCUCCUCCCGGCCCCCCACCCCCUCAGCAAGGCCCACCACCUCCAGGACCCUUCCCUCCUCGUCCCCCAGGCCCUAUCGGCCCACCAAUGGCUUUGGCUCCACCUCCACACAUGCCAGGUCCACCACCAGGUGGCCCACCACCAGCUCCCCAUGUAAACCCUGCCUUCUUCCCCCCGCCUGGCAACAACAACAUGCCCCCAAACGACAGCCGAGGCCCCCCAGGACCAAACGACCCAUACGGACGCCCGCCACCAUAUGACAGAGACUAUGGUCCUGGAGGCCGGGAGAUGGAGGCAUCACGGACACCUCUGAGCGAAGCAGAGUUUGAGGAGAUCAUGAACAGGAACAGAGCUAUCUCCUCCAGCGCCAUAUCUAGGGCUGUAUCUGACGCCAGUGCAGCUGAUUAUGGCAGUGCUAUAGAGACUUUGGUGACAGCCAUUAGUCUGAUAAAGCAGUCCAAAGUGUCAGCAGACGACCGCUGUAAAGUCCUCAUCAGUUCCCUGCAGGACUGUCUCCAUGGCAUUGAGUCAAAAAGUUACGGCUCUGCCUCCAGGCGAGAACGUUCCAGAGAGCGUGACCACAGCCGCUCUAGGGAAAAGAGUCGGCGACACAAGUCUCGCAGCCGCGACAGGCACGAGGACUAUUACAGAGAACGCAGUCGGGAGAGGGAUCGCCAUCGUGAGAGGGACCGUGACCGAGACCGGGAAAGAGAGAGGGAGAGGGAGUACCGACACCGCUAGCCGAGUAGGGAGCUCACGAGGAUCAAGGAUGGAUGGAAGGAAGGAAAAGGAGGAAACGCUUUCAGUGCACCACUCCCUGCCCGCCUUGCAUGACCGGACAGGAUUGCAACCACCACCACCACCACCAUCUCUUCCUCCACCCCCUUCAUUUCUCCUCUCCUCUCCUUCUCCACCCAUCCUUCUCUCUGUCUGUUGUCUAAGAGCAGUGGAUGGAAGACCCUGACCUGUGUACGGCUAUGUUAUCCAAACAUCUAUACUCAUGGUAACUAAAGAUGAAAGAAACAAAACUUUCCAAACAGCUCUUUUAUUUUUAUGAUGUUUUAUUUCACAUGAAGAAGAGUAUGUGUGAUGCUUUUUUGCAAAGAAACAAUAAAUGGCCCGCACGAUCCCCAAAUAGAAGACACAAACAUUACAUCCUAUUUUUUUUUUGUUUUGUUUUCAUUUUGUUUUUUCUUUGGCUCGCUGUACUGUGUACAUUAAGUUUAGAGAUCAGUUUUUAUAGGGUACAUGUUUGAUGUUUUCUCCCCUACCCUCCCUCUCAUUCUCAUUUAUUCUUUUCAUAGUUAGUAUGUUUGUAAAUGUCUGCUUUUUGAUUAAAAACUAGAUGGUGUUGUAAUAAAAAAUGUUUACUGAGGUACACUCUGCAUUUGGUGAAUUCCUCUACAUGUUUGGUUCAUUUAUAUUAAAUGUAUAUUUUGGACUGCACAAUGUUUUUGAAUUUGUCUACUUUUAGAUGAGACUUUUUAGCUGUAGUAGCAAAGGGGAUAUGGUCACUUUAUUUUUUAUUUUGUGUUUGUUUUCUUCAAAACUUUUACAAAGUAAGACAAGUCAGAUACGUGUACUAUUUUGCGAUGCGCACUAAUCAGUGGAUGGAAGGGUUUCUAGACCUUGAACAGGGCGAAAUGUCUACAAAAUAAUGCAUCGCUUGGGGCAGCUUUUGGAUCAAACCUAAAAGAGAACACUGCUGUUGACAAAGUGGGUUCUAAUGUUUACGUCCUGUGUAAUUGUCACCAAAAAAAAAACAAGUGCAGAAUUGAAUUGUCUUUGUGGUAUGUUUUGUUUUUGUGAAAAUCAUGUUCAUUCAAGCAGCCACUUCAGUUUAUACUGAGUCCCAAAAGUUCUUGUUUGUUUCACACGCAACACGUUUUAUGUUUUUGCCCCUUUGUCACUUCAGAUUUUUAAACUUACAUUUACAUGAAGUAAUUUGGAAGUAAUGGAAAACAACAUAGUUUCUACCCAUCAUGUGACUGUCUUGCAUGUUUGUUGAAACACACUGUGAGAAACUUGUUACACAGAUAUUUUAGUUUGUCACAUUUAAGGUGUGCUUUGAAAAAGAGCCUGACUUUCAUGUUUUGUUUUGUUUUUACUGUUUUAGAUCUAAAUCUGUAGUUACAAAGUAUAUCUGGUUUAGCUGCCCUAAUAAUGACUUUAAAUAUAAGAUCAGAGCAGUUUUCAAAUUCAAUAAAAUAUCAAAAACGUGUUGAGGGGGAGCUCUGAAGCACUGCUUCAUCAGAGCUAUUUGUACUUGAAAUGACUCUGGAUAGACUGGAAUUACGACAAACAUUGUUCUCGUAUGAAUUUAACAAAAAGCUAAAUUGCUGACAAACACUGAUGUGAACAAGUUACCAGCGCGUAUUUAGUUUGACCACAAUACCCCCCUCUGUUGUUUAAACAUCAAUCCUCUUGUGUUGCCUGAGAGAUUAUUGGUUUCCUUGUAAACAUGAUUUUUCUGUUGUUAAUCUGUCAUGUCAGUUCAAAUCCAUGAUCAUCUCCUGAACUACUGCCAGAGGUAUUUGAUGAAUGUAAAAAUUGGGAACUCCCACUUGUAGAACAUGAGUCGCUCAGAAUUUUUAUGAAAAGCUGUUAAUCAGACUGUAACAGCAUCUAAAUGUUUUAGAAAACUGAUGAGACUCUUGAAAUGUAUUCUUGUUCAGUAUCCUUUAAAGGUGUUUUAUAAUCAUGAAUGUUGAUCCCUUUGCUACAGUCAGCCUGUAAACUCUGUACAAAGGUAAUGGAACUUGUAAUAAAAAAUGUAAAUUGGGUUUUAAUACAAACCAAACUGAACGUGGAACAUUGCUAGCAUCAAGAGGUAGAAAAUGUCCUGAAACAGUUCCUUAAAAAAUGUUUGGAUUCUUCCAACAUGGAUUUUGAUGAUUUGGGCUGAAUGUGUGUACAGGCCAAGCUUCACUUUUUCUGUUCUGUUGGUCCCAUACAGCCACGAUGCUUUACAGUUAGAAGGUAAAUCAUCUAUUCCAGGGAUUUGGGUGUGCAGGAUUUUGGUUUACCAUAGUUGGAUGUCACUUGCUUUGUGGUAGCUUCUCUCCACAGCGCUGAAGGUAAGUGUUUUCAGGUCGACAUCACACUCAGCAGAUGAAGAAACAAGAAAUCUGGCUGAUUGCUGCAUCAAGCAGGACCCUUUAGCCCACGCGAGCAGCUGGAAAGUAUAGUUAUGAGUAUCUGCAGUAUUUUAAUUACAUUUUAUAGGAUCAGUGCUCACUAUCCAAGCUAAUUUUCCACUCUAAAGCAUCUUGCAAUGUGGAGAACGUUUUUUGAGAUUUUUCUGUUCGAAGACCUUAUAUAUUGGCUCUGCUGUUCAGACUUGACCUGAUGAAAAGCGGGACUUUUUUUCAGCAACAUGGCUUUAAAAGGUGAUGUUUUACAAGAAUUUUAAUGAAUUCAGUCCUCUUCAUUGUAUUGCCACAUGUAAUUUGGGGUUUUACAUAAAUGAGGUUAAGUCUCGUUUAUAUUCUUUGGGGACUGUUGGUAAUAUUUUCUUACAAUUAUGUAUUCGUGCCUGGGAAGAAUGCACAAUAGGCAUCACAUUGUUACUGGUCUCAAAGAAUAAAAUAUGUCUACAUUGA